GUGCCGGCUAGUAGCUAUCAUCUUACACGCGUAUUUAUAUGUUACAAUAGUAUGCUGUGCUACAUAAAAAAUUAUUUAAAAAUAAUAAUGCAUAGAAUGUCAAUGUUAUUAUUAUUAUUAAAGUCACGUCUUUUUCUAGACGUGUUUAUACAUGGGCGGCUUUAUUCAGAGGUUAGGAACUUAGAACAUGUAUGUACGCGAGGAUAUGUUAAGAAGGAUGCGACAAAUAGAUGAUAAAAUAAUUUACAUGCUAAACACUACAAUUCCUACCGAAUCCUUCAAGGGCCAGAUGGAUCCUACCACGCAGUGUAAAGACUUGUUCCAGCAAAUAGAAUCCGAGCACAAACAGAGGACACAAGCGAUCACAAGAUGUGUGGAUAUCACUAAGCAGAAAGUGAUACAGUUGAAAGAUUUGAGAGAGAAGAAUGGUAAUGAAAAUCCAACGUUGAUAAAAAAUUUGCGAAAUGAACAGACCAAAUUGAGGCUGCUACAAUCUGAGCUUAAUAUAGAGGAAGUUGUGAAAAAACGUACAAUACAAGUGUAUUAUGAGAGGUGCCGUGGAUUCUACAAACCAUUACGUAUAAGCACAUAGAAUUUCCGAAUAAUCUGAAGAUAUUGGUAUAUGAUUAU